UCUCUAUUCUUUGCAAAAUGAACGCUCCCCCACAAGGUCCAUAUCCUCCACCGCCUGUUCCAGAAGGAUGGGUAGCUGUGUGGGAUCCCAACUCACAGCGCUACUACUUCAUUGAACAAGCUUCUGGCAGGACGCAAUGGGAGCCUCCAGUGGGAUCAAACAGUGGCCCCGGAGGUGCCGUUGGUGGACUCGCCAUGCCAAGUGCUAUGCCUAGCGGAAUGCCUAAUGCUGUACCUAACACUAUGCCCAGUGCUAUGCCAAGCGGCAUACCUGGCAUGCCGUCCACCAGUGCCGAUCCCAGUCCAUAUGGCUAUCCUGCUUCUUAUGGUUCACAACCCUAUCCCAGUUCUUCCGGUAGUCCACAAACUUAUCCACCCAGCAGCCCUGCCUAUCCUCCCGCUUCCAGCCCUGGUCAAGCACAGAGCUAUGCCGGCAACGAAAAGAAUGCUUACGGAAAUCAAGCUUAUGCGGGAACGACACCUUCUGGUCAGCAGCCUUAUACUAUUGAAAAUCAGAGCCAACAACCCGGACAAGGUCAACCUGUAGGUCCUGAUGGAGAACGAGGCAUGGGAUCAGUAGCAGGCGGCGCCGUUGCGGGUGCAUUACUCGGUUAUGCAGCAAAUAAAUUUUUCGGUCAUGAUAAACACAAACCUCCACAUCAUGGCCAUGGAGGCUAUGCCCAGGUAUGUUUCAUCAUCUACUGAAAAAUCACGGGCGUAUGAAAGGACUUACCAAAAACCCAAUGUAGGGCUAUUAUCCCCCACCGCCACCUCAACAGCAAUCGCCUUUUGGCGCAAUAGGAUCCUUCUUGUCACCUGGCAAACAGAAUAGUUACAACCAAGGUAAGGAAUUCACUUGAAGCUUCCCUAAAUCUUAUAUUUCACUAACAAAAACAAAAUCAAACCAGGUGGCGGCCAUGGAUGGUUCAAGUAAAACCGGACAGAGCGAAAACAGGAAUUGAAAACCAAAUAACAGUCGCUAAACAGUAUUCUUCCAUUUUUUCUUUUUCUUGAUUGAUUGACUGAUCGAUAUGCGGGUGCAAAUGGUUUGAGCUGCGUCCUCCACCUUCAACUAGUCUGUGUACUUCAUUGUGAUGUC